UCAGGAUGGGGUGUGGGAAGGAUCCAGGACUUAGAGGCCUUUGUAUUUCAAGGGCUAGAAAAGGUGGCUGGAGGUGGCUUUCUGCUCAGUCCCAGGAAGCUGACCCUGGGAGAUGUCACCCACAUGUGGGGGCCUGGGACUACCCUGGGGUGGAGGUGGGCAGGGAGGACAGCCCCCUGGCCCAGGACGUGUUGCCGAGAAAUCCCGUGACCUGUGGGGCAGGUCCCCUGGCCGCAGCCCCUCCUCUUAAAGGGGCCCUGGGUGCGGUGGCCGCCUGGGCCCGAGGGCGGAGCGUGUCUGUCUGCCGGUGUCUGGUGUCCGCCCUCUGCCCCCGCCCCUGGGCAGUCUGAGUGGCCCGAGCGAAUCCCCGCCCGUGGAGGCUUCCUCCCCGAGCGGUGCCUCCCUGAGAGUCUCCCUGAGAGUCAGUGCCCGAAGCCCAGAGGGACAGGACCACCUGCCGCCCCGACCUUUAACCUGCGCCCCCUGAGCUGGCCCGGACCCAACCAAGCUGGGAAGCCGCCCACCAGCCACCAGGCUGCCAGCCUGAGGAGUGGUGACAGCGCAGGAGCUCCUGGCUGGGGGGAAGGGAGGAAGGAGGAGAAACAAAGGCGAGUGUGCCUGGCGCCGCCCACCAUGUGUCAGUCAGAGGCACGGCGAGGACCUGAGCUCGGAGCGGCGAAAUGGUGAGAUGCCGCCGGCCCCGUCCUAACCCCACUGUGCCCCGCCACGACCUCCGGAAGGUCAGAGUUCACGUCCAGCGGCCCUGCCGUGGAAGUGGCAGCAGGGGGCCAGGGGAUCAGCCCCCGAGGCUGGAGGGGCCUGGCCCCGGGGGCCUGAGUCGGAGAGCCCGCUUCAGGUACCUGGGGAGGCGGAGCGGGCUGGUGGCCUAGUGUCUGCUGCACCCAGGCCCCCACCCCGGGUGCCCCCCCCACUUGGGGAAAGCUGCCGCUCUUCUGGGAUUGGUCCCUGAGCUUCUGCAGUGAUCAGGGCCGGUGGGGGAAGCCCUGGGGACAGUGGGGAUUUGUUCAGCUUUGCUUAGCCCCUACCACCUUCCCAGACCUUUUGUAAACAUGAUGGGGUGGGGCGGGGUGGGAGACAAGGAACACAGGGAGGGAGUCUGGAGAGCUGUGCCAUCAUUGGACAGCAGGUGCCCGGCCAUCAGCUUGGUUCUCCUAUUUUUUUCUUUUUUAGUAUCAGCUGAGAUACCUCUUUGUUCCUUGGUUUAUUCAGUAACUGGGGGCAAGAGGACGUGGCUCCUCUGAGAGCACAAAGGUGCAGAAUGGAGCCUUAGAUUUUUCCAGUUGAAAGCAGUCUUUUUGCAGAUGAGGAAACUGAGGCCUAGGAACCGUCCCAGAGUGGGUAGGAAUGUGGUCUCCUGGUGGCCGCACUGGGCCUCAGGAGCAUUUUCGUUUUCUUUCUUUUUUUUUAAAGAUUUUAUUUAUUUAUUCAUGAGAGACAGAGAGAGAGAGAGAGGAGGCAGAGACACAGGCAGAGGGAGAAGCAGGCUCCAUGCAGGGAGCCUGAUGGGGGACUCAAUCCCGGGACUCCAGGAUCACGCCCUGGGCUGAAGGUGGCGCUAAACCGCUGAGCCACCCGGGCUGCCCCUCAGGAGCAUUUUUCUAGUGCCUGGCAUUGAGACCAGGGGACUUGGGUGUCAGGAGGCCAAGGUUCUGGUGGAAAGGCCCACCCAGCCUCUAGGAUCCCCACAAGGCUGAGCCUCUGCUGGACGCACUAAAUUUGGGCUGGUGGGGUAUGGGGAAAGACCCACUACCUUUACUGAAAGAAGGGGCAUGGCUCAGGUGUGUGUGUAGCCCCAGCAGACCUGGGGGGUGGUCUGAGGAUUGGUGGGGAGGCUCCCCCCAUCAGGCUCUGGGUCUGUUUUUGGACACCUGAUCUGAGGUAAAAAGACCAGGCAGGUGGAUGGAACUUCAGCUGGUGCAUGCUCGUGGAGGGUUCCCUUUGGGAUCUUGUCAGGCCCAACCCUUUAGUUUAUCAGAUGAGGAGAUGAGGCCUGGUGCCAUGAAGAGGUUUGCCAAGAACCUGCAGUGCAAUGGCUGCGGUAACUCCCCACCGCUCUGUGCUGUUGCUCGACUGGAGCUCCAGAUCAGACUGUGUCUCCCUGGUGCCUCUGCGGGCAGAGCUGGUCCCAGGAGUGGCUGUGAUGCAGGCUGCACACCCCAUCUUCCCGGUGCUGCCUCUGAUUCCCGGUCCUCCUCAGCUGGUAGGCAGGUUGCACUUCCCCCAGCUGGCCCUGAGGCGGAGGCUGGGACAGUUGAGCUGUAUGUCCAGACCUGCCCUGAAACUGCGCUCCUGGCCCCUGACGGUCCUCUACUACCUCCUGCCCUUCGGUGCCCUCCGACCUCUCAGCCGGGUGGGAUGGAGGCCCGUGAGCAGGGUGGCCCUGUACAAGUCGGUGCCCACGCGCCUGCUGUCGCGGGCCUGGGGCCGCCUCAACCAGGUGGAGCUGCCGCACUGGCUGCGCCGGCCUGUCUACAGCCUGUAUAUCUGGACCUUCGGGGUGAACAUGAAGGAGGCCGCCGUGGAGGACCUGCACCACUACCGCAACCUCAGCGAGUUCUUCCGGCGCAAGCUGAAGCCGCAGGCCCGGCCUGUGUGUGGCUUGCACAGCGUGAUCAGCCCUUCAGAUGGGAAGAUCUUGAACUUCGGGCAGGUGAAGAACUGUGAGGUCGAGCAGGUGAAGGGGGUCACCUACUCACUGGAGUCCUUCCUGGGUCCGCGCACGUCCACAGAUGACCUGCCCUUUGCACCAGCCACCCCCUGCGGCUCCUUCAGGAACCAGCUGGUCACUCGAGAAGGGAAUGAGCUCUACCACUGUGUCAUCUACCUGGCCCCUGGGGACUACCACUGCUUCCACUCUCCCACCGACUGGACCGUUUCCCACCGGCGCCAUUUCCCAGGCUCCCUGAUGUCCGUGAACCCUGGCAUGGCCCGCUGGAUCAAAGAGCUCUUCUGCCACAACGAGCGGGUGGUCCUCACUGGGGACUGGAAACACGGCUUCUUCUCGCUGACGGCCGUGGGGGCCACCAACGUGGGCUCUAUACGCAUCUACUUUGACCGGGACCUGCACACAAACAGCCCACGCUAUAGCAAGGGCUCCUACAAUGACUUCAGCUUCGUGACCCACGCCAACAAGGAGGGCAUCCCCAUGCGCAAGGGCGAGCACCUGGGCGAGUUCAACCUGGGCUCCACCAUCGUGCUCAUCUUUGAGGCCCCCAAGGAUUUCAACUUUAAGCUGAAAGCAGGACAGAAGAUCCGGUUCGGAGAGGCUCUGGGCUCGCUCUAGGGCCUCCUUCCUGGCAACGGCUACUGAGGGAGCUUUUUCAGACAGAAACGGGAGGGUCUUUUAGGGGGAGCCUCCACGGCUCUCUGGGAAGGGGACAGUCUCAAGCCUGUGGGGUCCAACCAGGCAGGACCUGGGUGACUACUUCCUGCCGUCCCCGAGGUGUAGAUGAGGUCAGAGUCCCUGUCGACCCUGGACCUAUGUUGUUCCCUCUUCCUACCCUAAAAAGAGAGAAUGUGCAGGCCAAGAUGAUCUCAAAUUCCCUUUUGGAGAUUUUUUAACCUAUUGUAUAAAUUGAAGACCCUGCAUCUCCUGGCUGGAUGUCCCGUUGGUCUUGAUUUCUGUUGUAAGACAGAAAAGUGGUUAUGUGUGUUCUUGCUGCUCUCAUCAUUGCUUUCCAGCCUCCCCAUCUGCCUCGCCUGCACCGACUGGGCUGUGCUGCCCCCAGAGCAGCACCAUGUGGCCUUUAACACAACCCUUUCUGUUCCCAAUUCACCCACCCUGCUCGUUUGAGAAAAGCUGUCUCUUUGCACUUGUGGCUGAACACAUCAUCCUUGGCUCCGCCAGCAUCUUCUGGGGGUGGGGGGGACACCAUGGCAUGGCGCUUUACAGGCCCCAGUGAGGGACUCUCCAGAGCUGGUGAGUCCUCUUUCCAGUGGCAGGACCAAUUACUGAGCCCCUUGAAUGGUGUCCCAAGUGAAUGGACAGGCAGGUAGUGGUGGCCUAGGAGGGGCCGGGGGAAGCUCAUCCUCCCCUCCUACCCAGACCUACAGAAACAUGGUAAGUUGCUGCUAUUGAUUCAGGGGCUGGUGUUGGAGGCCAAGGAGCCUUGGUGUAUUGGGAAGGGGGGGGGCAGGUCAGUGCCUACAACACCUGUCCCCAGGUAAUAGGUACACAGUCCUUAGGGAGCCGCUGACGGUGGGGCCAGGAUUCAGGUUUCCUGGGAACGCUGUGAAUUUCUCCUGCAGGAGAAGCCAUUUGAACUCUUUCAACUGUAUCAGUAGCACAGUAUUUUUGUAUGAAAAGUAGACUUCUGAACAGUAAUUCAUUUAAUUGCAACAUUUUGAAAUAAAAAAAUAAAACUCA